GACAGGAUCAGUCUGCUCUCAAACUCUGUUCAUCUUUGUCAAGGACAAUUCAUUUAAACGGAUGAGCUCAGACAAGUCGGCUGGCUGUUUCUGCUCGCCGGGGUUUGCGCCGGAGCUUUUGAUUGGCUGAUUGUAUUAUUGUAUGCAAAUCCUUUCGGGGUUGCAGCCAGUAGGUGGAAAGGCUCGCGCUGGUGUGGCUCUCGAGACCCAGGGCGCGAGGUGAAGCAGCUUUCCGCAGAGCUGUCCACUCCACGGGUGCUGAAACGAGGAUUUCACGUCAACCGACAGUUGGAGGGAAUUCACAAACUCCGAGGACGCUGUACAGCUUAACCAAAACGGGAUUGGAUAUACUUCGCGCCAGUUAACAGUGUUGUUUCAAAAGUAAUUCUCGUAUUUUAAAAACCACACUCGGAAAUACCUUUCUGGAUGAGUUGUAAUUGGACAAACAGGAGGGUAAUGAGAGGCUCCAGGAGAUGGUGGGCAGCUGUCCUGCUCUGGGGGACAGCGCUGAUUGCAGAGGCACGUCCCGGCAAAGAAGGAUUUACCCCGAGGGCGUAUCGACCUCUCGUCAGAUUCCGCCACAAGCAGGAUGGGAUCUCAGAGAGCUUACGGAUUAAAGGGUUCUUUGGUCAAAAUGGUUUUCCUGGGCCCUGUGAACAUAAGUACUGUGGUUUGGGGAAGCACUGUGUGGUUGAUCGAGAAACAGAUGAAGGAGAAUGUCAGUGUCUGGAGCGCUGCAAACCACAUUACAAACCUGUGUGUGGAUCUGACGGCAAACUCUACCAGAACCACUGUGAGCUUCACAGAGCCUCCUGCAUGGCCCAUCAGAGAAUAACCAUCAUGCACAGCGAGGAAUGCUUCUACAAAGAUGAUAAUUGUCAUCUGGGAGACUAUAAAAAAUUGAAGACCAAAAUGUUGGACUUACACGCUCAGAGGUACUUGACCCCCGGUAACCAUGGCAGCCACGAGAAUGAUAUGGCAGCUAGGAAGCAUCUGGUGGACAUGAUGUUCAUGCGCUUUGACGCAGAUGGUAAUGGAAGAAUUGACAGCAGUGAGCUCUCACAGGUUAUCAAGCAGGAAGGUCUCAGCAGGACGGCAUCAGAGUGCACUCUAUUCGAUCUGUUCAAAUAUAACGAUGUCAACGAUGAUGAACACCUAACCAGAGAGGAGUUCUACGUUGCUUUUGAGGUCUAUCAGCUCGACCUUCCUGAAGACCAGAAACUGAGCGUCACCACGGUAACAGUGGGUCAGAGUGUCGUGCUCACGUGUGCCAUCACAGGGGACCAGCGGCCACCAAUCAUCUGGAGACGAAACAACCAUGCCCUCAACAUGCUGGAGGACAUUAACGAUUUCGGAGAUGAUGGAUCACUGUACAUUACCAAGGUGACCACUACACACAUGGGCAACUACACCUGCCAUGUAGACGGCUACGAGCAGCUUUUCCAAACGCACACCCUACAGGUUAAUGUGCCCCCUGUUAUCCGGGUGUAUCCAGAGAGCCAGGCACGUGAGCCGGGGGUCACAGCCAGUCUGCGGUGCUACGCUGAGGGCAUCCCCGACCCACAACUCUCAUGGCUGAAGAACGGCAUGGACAUCACCACAAAACUCUCCAAGCAACUCACACUUCAGGCUAAUGGGAGCGAGGUGCACAUCAGUAACGUCCAUUUCGAGGACACCGGUGCCUAUACCUGCAUCGCCCGUAACGAAGCAGGAGUGGACGAGGACAUUUCCUCUCUAUUCGUGGAGGACUCGGCUCGGAAAACGUUGGCUAACAUCCUGUGGAGAGAAGAAGGUCUGGGGAUUGGAAACAUGUUCUAUGUGUUUUAUGAGGACGGUAUUAAAGUCAUCCAGCCAGUGGCCUGUGAGAUUCAGAGACACAUCAAACCCAGCGAGAAGCUUCUUGGCCUGCAGGAGGAUGUCUGUCCACAAGUGGAGGGAGAUAAGGAACAGAAAUGUUUGUGGACAUCAGCCGUCAAUGUGAAGGACAAGUUAAUUUACGCCACACAGCCUUUGCUGAACAGGUUGCUCAUUGUAGAUGUCCAAUCCCAGAAAGCUGUUCAGACUGUGAGCACCGACCGGGUUCCAGUGAAGCUGCACUAUGACAAGUCUCAUGACCAGGUGUGGAUCCUGAGCUGGGGAGAUCUAGAGAAAAACUUUCCAACCCUCCAGGUGAUCAGCCAAGCCAGCGAAAGCAUGUCCCACCACACCAUCCACACCCAGCCAGUUGGCCAUCGCUUCGACAGGGUGGAGGAUUUCUUUAUUCCUCCCAUAAGCCUCACCAUCAGUCACAUCAGGUUUGGUAUCAUCCUCCACAAGAACGAACCAGCUCUUCAUAAGAUCGAUUUGGAAACCACCUCCUAUGUGAAAAACAUUAGUCUGCAGCAGUACGAUUGCAUCCCACAAUCCCUCGCCUACACACACCUGGGCGGAUACUACUUCGUCAACUGUCGGCCAGACUCAACAGGUGCGGUACGGCCACAGUUAAUCAUCGAUAGCGUAACAGACAAUGUCUUUGGUCCAAACGGGGAUGUGAGUGGCACACCUUAUGUCUCUCCUGAUGGCCACUAUUUAGUGAGUGUGGAUGACCGUGAUGGCCUCAUGCGCUUGCAGCAUGUGUCCGUGCGGGGCGAAAUCGACCAGCCAUUUGACAUUCACACCAACCUGCACCUGUCCGAUCUGGCCUUCAUGCCCUCGUUCACCGAGGCUAACCAGUAUAACGUGUUUGGCAGCUCGGGCCACCAGACGGAUGCUCUUUUUGUGGAACUCAGCACUGGUAGCGUCAAAAUGAUCAAGAGCCUAAAGCAGCCCACGCCAGCUGCUCAUUGGCCUUGGAACCGCCAGAACAGGGUCAUGACUGGCAGCGGGCUGUUCGGACAGUAUCUCAUGACCCCGUCUCAAAGCUCCCUGUUUAUACUGGAUGGGCGUCUGGAUAAACUCAACUGUGAGAUCACUGAUGUUCCUUUGGGAAAUACUGUGGUGUGGGUGGGAGAGGCGUAAGCUGUUUGAAAGGGGCUUGAGAGGGAAACAAACAAACAGGUUGCAGUGAAUUUGGUCUCCGUUUAAUUUGAGAAUAAAUUAAGUCUCAACGUUUGGAACAAAAAACUAAAUUGACUGUUCAAAAACCUGCAUUGGAAAAGAGAACUCGGGAAAUGCUUGUUUUCGAUAAGCUAGCCAGGUUAAAUAGCUCAUAAGUAGUUUCUCUAAAAAUAUUUGGUGGUGUCAAACUAGCAUUGGUAUCCUUUAAUAAGAAAGUC